ACUCAGCCGUAAUGUUGGAUUCUUAUCCAAAGUCGAUCCAAUCCAGUUAUAACCGCUGUUUGCCGUGUUCACGUUCGUUUCGGAAUAUCCACCAAACAAGUUACAGAACAUCUCAAGCAAUGACAGAAGUUAUCAGCUGGUGACACUGCAACAAGUGUCAUUGGGGACUCCUAGAAGCCAUUUCUUCUCACGCUGCCUAUUUUGUGUAUCAUCCACGAAUGGCUUCCACGAACGAAGCAUCGCCCUCCGCUUCCUUGACAUCACUGGUCGGUGUCACGGAGCAGCAAAGCCUUGUUUGUUCUAUUAUUCCACCAAUGCUCUACGACAGUCACAAAGGUCAAGCUGGCAGGGUCGGGAUAGUUGGAGGGUCGAGUGAAUUUACGGGUGCACCUUUUUAUGCGGCCAUGGCAGCACUGAAACUUGGUGCAGACCUUGCGUAUGUAUUCUGUCCAUCAUCUGCCGCCGUUGCUAUAAAGUCGUACAGCCCCGAGCUCAUGGUAUCUCCGGUGCUGGAUGCUCCUAAUGCUUUAGACCGUCUUCGAAACGAUUAUCUCCCUCGACUGCACAGUCUUAUCAUUGGUCCAGGCCUGGGACGCAGUGAUAAACUUCUCGACCUUCUACCAGGACUGCUGUCAAAGGCUCGAGAACUUCACCUGCCUAUCGUAAUUGACGCCGAUGGACUUCACUUUGUGAGCCUUAAACCGGAGAUGGUACGUGGAUACCAGCGGGCUAUACUUACUCCUAAUGUGCCAGAGAUGGAGCGGUUGCACAACGCUGUUUUGGGAUACCCUCCUCCAGAGGACAAAUACGCUGCGGUGCAAGGCUUGGCGCGUGCUUUGGGCAACGUAACGGUGAUAGCGAAAGGAAAGGACGACAUUAUAUCAGACGGCAAUCUCUGUGUUCCAUGUCGAGAACAGGGUAGUCCUCGUCGAUGCGGCGGUCAGGGCGACGUCUUGGCCGGAAUGGUGGGAACAUUUUCCCAUUGGAGUCACACUGCCCGUGGAGGAGACGAUCUGCCUUUGAGAAGCCACAGUCCAACUCUAAUAGCAGCACUUGGAGGUGCGAUGCUGGUACGCCGCUGCGCUAGGCAGGCGUUCAGGAAGUGCUCCAGGAGUAUGCUCACAACAGACAUUCUACGCGAGAUAAGGACUAGCUUUGCUGCGCUAUUUCCCGUGGAUUGAAUGAUUUUAGGACAGAAGAAAUGAGCAGACGGCAUGUGACACAUCGAACAGAAGAGUCGUAGCAGACGACAUAAUGCUGCUGCCGCGGUCACCAUGGAAACCGCGAACGUGGGUAUGUUUUGUCCGUUGCCACGCAGUUGUAUUUGUCCCGUUGAUGUGUGCCUAAAGAACUGUAUAUACUGUAGAAAGAAGUAUUAAAUUUUAUAAUUUCAAAACAAG